CUCUUUCUCUUUCUUUUUCUUCUUUUCCUUUUCAUUCUCGAUCUUUUUCCAAAACCAGAUUUCGUGAUUCUCACUUGUUUCUAGAUUCUGUUAGAGAUCAUUGCAAACUAGGGUUUGCUGAUCUCAAAUUUCCCCUUUUACUCUUUAAUCAAAUGAUUAAUUUGCGCCCUCUUCCUUCUGUUGUGUACUUCAAUCAACUAUUCACCGCCAUUUCCAAAUUGAAACGCCUUGAACCUCAUUCCACCAUUAUCUCUCUCUUCAGGCACCUUGAAUUGUAUGCUAUUAAACCCGAUAUGUAUUCUAUUGGUAUUCUUGCUAAUUGCUACUGUCAUUUGGGCAAAAUUGAUUUUGGCUUUUCUCUUCUCGCUAAAAGACUUAAGCUUGGUUAUCCCCUUGAUUCUGUCAUUUUUAACACUUUAAUUAACGGCUAUAUUCACUGUGAUAAGCUGCCCCAAGCUGCUCAUUUGUUGAAUAAAAUUGUCAACCUUGGUUUCCAACCCGACAUUAUUGCCUAUAAUACUAUUGUCAAAGGCCUUUGUAGGAUUGGCGACAAUACGUCUGCUCUCACUUUGCUUAACAAAAUGCAAUCUCGAUCUCAUUUUAAGCCUAACAUUGUUUUAUACAGCACUAUCAUCGAUAGUCUUUGUAAGGACAGGUUGUUACAACAGGCCCUGGACCUGUUCUCCUCCAUGAAAACUCAGGGCAUUAAACCCGAUGUUGUCACUUUUACUUCCUUGGUUCGAGGCCUCUACAAUUCCGGCUGUGGGGAUGAGGCUCAUCGUAUGUUGACUGAGAUGUUAGAGAGCAACAUUGCACCUAAUGUUAAGACCUACAGCAUGCUGGUUGACAUGUUUUGUAAAGAUGGCUGUGUUGAUCAAGCUCAGUCCAUUCUAAAGCAGAUGAUUGAGAAAGGUGUGACUCCUGACAUGAUUACUUACAGUGCAUUACUUGAUGGUUAUUGUUUGCGCGGUCAGAUGGAAGAUGCAGAGAACCUACUCGUUCUCAUGGCCGAAAAUGGUUGUGAGCCUGACCUUGUCAGUUUCAGCACUAUGAUUAAUGGAUAUUGCAAGGCUAAAAACAUUGACAAGGCCCUUAACAUUUUCCAAGAGAUUUUACAGAAAGGGAUAACACCUAAUGUUGUUACCUAUAACACUCUUAUUGAUGGACUGUGCAAAGCCAAUAGAUUCCCACUUGCACAUAAGCUGUUCCAGGAGAUGCGUGCUCUUGGUAUUGCUCCAGAUGCUGUCACCUAUGCCUCCUUGCUUGACAGUCUUUGCAAAAGUGGCCGGCGUGACGAGGCAGUGAAAUUACUCGAAGAUAUGGAGGAUAAUGGUGUUAAGCCUGGAAUUAGCAUAUACAAUAUCCUGAUGAACAGCUUGUGUGAGGCUGGACAGCUUGAAGAUGCGGCAAAUUUCUUCUCUGAUCUCGUAUCAAAGGGUCUGCAACCUGGUAUUAUAACAUACAAUAUAUUGAUCAAAGGCUUCUGCAAGAAAGGGCUCAUGAGCGAAGUUGCUCAAGUGUUGAGGAUAAUGGAGGAAGAUGGUUGCCCCCCUGAUGAUCGAACCUACAAUACGAUCAUCAGAGGUUAUAUACUGAAUAAUGACUUGUCAAAUGCUUUAUACUAUCAUGAUCUUAUGGGUGGAAAAGGAUUUGAAGUUGAUGCAGACACUUUGUCAUUGUUUGUUGGUCUAUAGUCUUCUGAUAACUUAAGUGACUUGAACAAGGACCUGCUUCAGAAGUUUAUCAGUUAUAUUGCAGUUAAGAUGUAUGUUAAGCUACUGUAGUGCUCUUACAAGUGUUGUAUCUAUCUGUUUUGUAUUAUUGACAAACAAAACAUCUAAUUUUGCUAUGUUCUUCAGAUGACCCUGAAGGUAAUUGGUGGCAUAAAUGCAUAAUUAAAGCUGUUGUGUUGUGCAUUGUUCUAAA